UCCAGUCGGAAAUUAGGGAAAAUCUCUCUCUCCCCUAUUUUUCCCCUUCUCCGAUAUUUGUCAUCGUUUAUUCCAAUACGUUUUUGCUCGCACGCACGCAGUAACCCUUGUUCUCCAGUUUCCCCUCAAUUUCAUCGAUCGAAAAAGAAAAAAAAAUGUCCGAACCCCAGCCCAAAGACCCGGUUCCCCAAGCUGAAGACCCGACGGCGAGCCCCACCGGGCAACCCGCUGCUGACCCGACGUCGCCCGACCCGCUUUUGGACUCGGGCGCCUUCAUCGAUCCCGACCGGAACAACUCCGGGGCGGAGUCCCCGGAGAACCAGCAGGACGAAGACAACGCAGAGAAUGUGAACUUCGAACCGGGCGUGGUUAUUGCGGCGGAGCCAAUUUCGAUGCUCCGACCCGGGGAGAGCUCGGUGGAGACGACGGCGCGGGCGGUGAGGAGGAGAGAUCCGGAUGAGAUGCUGAAGAGGCCGAGCUGGUUGCCGGAGGACUGGAAAAUUGACCUUAGGGUCCGCUCUUCUGGAGCCACCGCUGGGCUCAUUGAUCGAUACUACGUUGAACCGUCGGGAAACCGCAAGUUCCGUUCAAAGAACGAGGUGGUUCACUAUCUGGAAACUGGAAGUAAACUGAAGAGGAAGUCAACUCCCGAAACAGAUGCCGAGGUUUCCGAGACUCCACCGGCCCCAAAGGAGAAAUCGAGCGGGAAACGCAAGAAAUCGAAGCCGAUGAAUUCGGAUAACAUACCAUCGCCUCAUCCUCUGAACAGCUUCAAGGCUGAUACUGUGCAAGAGAUAUGAAGGGGUUUGUUUGGAUGGUAUGGUAAGGGGACUUAGGUUUUGGUGAUGAAAUGGAAAUACUUACCAUUUUAGAACUUUGUCCUAAAAUAGAGCUUUUAUAUAUAGGAUUCUAUUUUCCUUGUGCUAUACUCUUUUGUUUAAUUUGUCACCUCUCUUCAGACAGAUUAGACUGCUCUCUCUCUCUAUUUCUUUUUUUUUUUGGGGAUAUUUUAUAGUUAAAGAUUGAAUUAUUCUGUACUGGGAAUUCUUUCUGAAUGCAGUCCUGGAAUUAUUCAAAAUUUUCAAUUAAGCCCUCGUAGAGUUCCUUAUUAUUAGACAUGACCCUUUU